UUUCAGCAUGGUCUGCCCUCGCAUUACAGUGCAAGACAGUACACUGCAACACAGCAUCAAGAUAUGAACCCCCUCUGAAUAAUGGAUGGAGUCGGCCACCCACAGGCUGCAGGGUGAUAUCAUGGCUGCGUCAGCUGCAGCUGAGGAAGGAGGGGUGGGUGGUGGUUUUUAGAUGAUGCAGCAGGCAGAGGGAGUAGAGAACAAGUAAGAAACAGAGAGAACAGAAGGGAAAUAAUCAUGUCAUCCUUCUGGCAGCAGCUCUUUUUUCAGAUCCUCCUGCUUCUCGUCUUCUGCAGACACAUCAAUACAAAGACAGUUGGUCCAACGCCCCCGCCACUGGUUUCCAUCAGCAGUAUCCUGCCAACAGAUGUGAGGAGCGUUGUUCUCAAAGGUGAAAGUCACACAGAGAAUGUUGAACUGGUGAACCCUGUCAAUCUGACACUGGAGUGUACCUGGACAGGUAAUCAGAACAAACUACCAAACAUAACUGGGUUUUGGAGAAAAGAUGGGGAUGAAGUUGAGAACAGCCGUCUCACAGUGCAGUUGGAGAACGAUCAGUAUAAUCUCAAACGAGCGUUCAGCAUCGUCACUGUAAAAAACCUCGGAAAUUACUCGUGCAUGUUCGAAAGUGAGGCAAAAAUAGACUUUGUUUUGGCAGCUCCAAACAUGGGUGAGGUGCGAGAUAAACCAAUAGUCAGCUAUGUGGGGGACUCGGUGGUGAUUGCAUGUAAAAUGGAGGAAACCAAACCAAAGCCCAGCACUUGGAACUGGUACAAAGCAAAUGGUACUGACAAGGAGCAGAUCUUCACUGCUGCAGAGCCUCUUCGGUAUGAAAUCAAAAACGAUGAGAGGAAGACCAAACUGGUGGUGUACAACUUGACGGAGGCUGACGGAGGCUUGUAUUACUGCGGUGCGGUGUACUCCAUCAACACCACGAUGGGCCUUGUGGAGCUGAAGGUCAUCAACUUUAAGGAGCCUCUGAAACCUUUCAUAGCCAUCGUGAUCGAGGUGAUCGUUCUGGUCGCCGCCAUUCUGUUCUACGAGAGAUAUCAGUCCAAGAAAAACUACACAGCAGGAAAAGAGAUGAAUGACCAAACUAACACACUGACACAAGGAGAAAACAAUAAACCGGAGGAAGGGUCUUCAACGAGACAGCGGAAAGUUUAAAAACUGCAAAUUCAACAGAUCUUUAUAUGCUUUCAAAUCUGUUGUUUGCUUGUUUCAAGAUGUGAAUUGCAGAGCUGUAAAGCAAUAUCUCAGCAACUAUUUGAGUAUGUUCACAAAAGAAUGUGCAGUAACCACCACUUAAUAAUCAUACCUUUAAUUCACACACAAGUAGCCUUUCUAGAUUUAAAUUUGAACUUUGUAACACUGGAAGAUGUAUUUUUAAUUUGUAAAUGACAGUGCUGUUGUGACAGCUAAAAGAGCAAAGCAUUUUUAAUUUUUUUCCUUGUUUCAGCUUUAUAUGCACCCACUUCCUGUGGAAAAACUGCCAUGUAUCGCUAUGCUGUUGACACCUCUUUCUCAAAAAGGAAGUGGGUUUUCUUUUGGGUAACAAGUUAAACCACUUUACUUUUGGUAAGGCCUAUGCAUUAUGGUUUUUGAGCAGUCCCUUGCACUCUUAAAAUACACUUACCUAUUUAUACUGAUUGCAAUAACUUUUUGUCCCUUUCUAGUUUGUCCUUGCAGUAAUAUGUGCCUAACAUGCUGUAUGUUAGUAUAAUGUGUAUAUCAAGAUGUAUCAUCCUAUAUGCAGAUGUUUGUUUUUAAUUUUAAUGUAUCAGAAGGUGGUAUUUCUCCAAAUCAUGACUUUCUGAUUGUCUUUCAACUGUCUUUAGUUGUAAGCCUGCACUUAACCUGUAAGGUGUACCACAGUAUUUGUUAACAUCCAAAUUGAAACUACACAACUCACUGCCUGGAAUAACUGCCAAGCCUUUGUGUGAGCGGAUAUGGAGACAGAGCUUACUUAAAGGGAAAUGCCACUGGGUUUUCUGUCUACAUGUCUUAUGUGAAAAUAAUUAUAUAAACACCAACAUACUUUUGUUGAAGGGACAAGGAAAAAAAUAUGAAGAAUAAAAGUUGAUAUCUCUAG